AUGGCGUCCUGGAAGGGUCCAACCACAGCCCCCUGGUACGCUAUACCACCCCGGGAAAUCAUCAGUGUGGAGCACCCAUGUAUCAUCAAAGAUGUUGACCGGGGAAUUGCAACGCUCCAGCGUGGGCUAGGAAUACCAGAGAUUCUGGAUCCCACGCGACCAAAUGCAACCGCUGCACUCUCUCUAAAUCCAGAAGAUGGAAUGAGUAGGCCAAUGUUCUCUACAUCGAAACCAACAAACAAUUUGUUGUUGAAAGUCACUCUGCCGAAGAGGACCGGCCGCAAACGGAAGCGGGGCUCUCAAGAGCCGUAUGUUGAAGCUACUUGUCCUGUUAAUGAACCCUCCAGCGUGGAAGCCUUAAAUGCCCGCCAAGUACUACGGCGUCUACAAGACAAUAUCGGCCGGUAUGAAGUCGAUGUCGUGGGCCGGAUUGGGCGGACGCAUGUUUUCAGAGGAAUACCGGACUUUGUCUAUUCUACUACAGCCAGCACAUUUAUGAGUAAAUUCAGGGAAAAUAUACUGCCAUUUGAAUAUCAAAAAAUGAAACAAUUUGAUCUGGAUAUGAGGAAAGGAGCUACAUCAAAUGUCGAUAUUACCCCUCCCCCGUCGUUCAGUCAUACCGAUUUGCCCUUCCAAUAUAUGUAUCGACAAAAUCCUUCUGUAAAACAAUCCAUCAAUACCUCUGGAGAAACAACGACCAUGAACACCCAGCGAAUAUCAAAAGUGCUCACUCACCUGGUGCCAUGUGAUAUUGAUUCUGUCCCUACACAGCCCCACGAACAAUUACCUCCAAGGGAGUCCCUCAGCUCAGAGCUCAAGGACACCAUCCGUACUCUUGAAAAGAUUUUAGAUGAAAGGCCGGCCUGGACCCGUCGUGGCCUCCGGAACCAACUCACCAGCAGCGAGCAGAAAUACGCCCUCCGUACCGCCGUCCCCUAUGUCGGCUACAUCUUCCGCUCCGGGCCCUGGCGCGAUGCCAUUCUCAAAUUCGGCUACGAUCCCCGCACUACUCCAGACUCACGUAUCUACCAAACCCUCAUGUUCCGCCUCCCUCCUGGCGCCGAACAACCGAACAUUGAUCCAUCUUUGCUCGAAACUACACCACCACCUGCAGUCUCCACGGCUCCCGUCUCCGGCCGCCGCCAUACCGUCCCCCGCCGCUCCCAUGUUCUCGGCGACAAAAAGGCUGGGGAGAAAUCGCACCUUUUUACUGGCGAGCCGCCCCUGGGCCGCGACGGCAAAACCUGGAUGAUAUGCGAUAUUCGGGACCCCAUCAUCACGCAGCGGCUAUCACCGCUCACCCCCGACGCUCCGCCACCGCGAGAUACAUGCGAAAUCUACUCGCUAGGCUGGUACGGCAACGUGAUUCUGGGCACGGUUCGCGCCAUCAUGCGUGCCAAAAUCCACCAUAUCCUCGAGCACAAUUCUGGGUAUCCAGAUGAUACAGAGUUCCAGCCGUUGCAUAAUUUUCCCACCCAUGUUGACACGGAGGAUGAAUUUUCAAAGGUGACCGUGGAUGCAAAGAAGGCUGGGUCAAAGUGCGUGCAGUUGGCCACGGAAAUUCGCGGGACUCUGAGGAGCUCGGUAGUGAAAAGGCCGAAACGCAACAGCGGCGGAAAUGAGCCAGUUACAAGUAAGAAAGGUCAAAAAAGGGUGCGGUGGGAAGACGAAGAAGAAGUGGAGGAAGUGGGCGAAGAAGUAGAGGAAUUUGACAGGGAAAUUGAAGACGAGUUAGACGUAGAUGCUGAAGAGGAGGAUCAGUAA